UUUCUUUCUUUCCUUUCCCUCCCCUUUCCGCCCUCGUGCGUGCGUGGGGAAACUCCAGUUCGGUUUUUCCGUGAAGCUCCAAAAAUCUAUGAAAUGUGUUUGCAUGCUCGUCUCCGCGAGCGGGGAUGUAGAGGUGGGAUUGCGAGAGCGGAGAGGUUCGAGAGCCCACGCGUUCAGGCGUCCAGGAAAAGUGCGUUUGGCCGUAAUUCGCCGCCCGGUUCGGCGCGCUCUCGCUUUGCUCCAGGGGCUCCGAGCUUUCCGGGAGCGCACCGGGAGCUUUUUUUUUUUUGGUGGUGUUGCUUGCUUUCGCUUUGACGUGGAUCGGAUCAGAUCGGCGCGGCGGGGAUCGGAGACGGACCGCUCGGACGGACACUCGGAGCCCUCCCCACAUCUCAGCUCAGCUCGAAACCGCCUGGUUCACCGGUUGCCAGUAGGAAGAUGAUGUCUGAGGUCUAAAGCUGGUUCUGCGGUGCCAGGGCCUGCCUGCUAUUGGCUGGCCAGUUUUUCAAAGAGGAGUCUCCUCCCUUACCUGAGUAUCCGGUGGACUGAGAUUACUGCCUGGCUCCUCCUUUUUCAAUCCCCUGUCCCCUCCCCAACCCCACCCCCUACCCACCCAUACACAGAUACACACACUCACACCCUGGGGCUGGACCAUGUCUGGCGGACGGCCGGAGGGCAGCCGGACACCCGAGGCCCAGGACAAGGACAAAGAUAAGGACAAGGAACAGGAGCAGCACAGCUGCAGGGAGGACAGCCCUGUUGUUGAGCGCCGCAAUCGCAGCGGCAUCAUUAGCGAGCCCCUCAGCAAAAGUCUGAAAAGGUCUCGCACUCUUUCCCAGUACACCGCUGCCUGCCCACAAAACACCAACGGACUGAGCCAUAACGACCAGGCCAAGGCAAAAGUCCGGCCUGGUCAGAACAAUCAGCAACAGCAGCAGCAGCAGCAGCAUCCAUCGUCCACGGCUUCGGCCCUGGUGCCUGCCAAAGCGGACCGGAGCCUGGAACAAGCACUUGAAGGACACAAUGGGCUACUACAUUUUGCUCAGGCAGCAGCCCUGCUUAAGCGAGCAGGCAUGGAGCACAUGCUGCUGCCUGGGGGCAUGGGUGUAGGGGCGGGAGUGGGAGGAGUGGGCACUGAAGCAGGGUCAGGUGAUCUGGAGGGCGCAUCAACAGGCGACACUGUGGGGAGCCACACAGACUUCCCGUAUGGCAUAGGUGGUGGCUUUCCCUUCAACCCAGCUGGGCUUUUCAUCAUGACGCCGGCCGGUGUGUUCCUUGCCGACAGUGCCCUGCACAUGGCCGGUCUGGCUGAGUAUCCAGCACACAGUGAGUUGGCCUCCGCCAUCAAUGCCGGCAAAAAGAAGCGUAAACGCUGUGGUAUGUGCGCGCCCUGUCGGCGCAGGAUCAACUGUGAGCAAUGCAGCAGCUGCCGCAACCGCAAGACGGGUCACCAGAUCUGCAAGUUCCGCAAGUGUGAGGAACUAAAGAAGAAACCAUCUGCUGCACUGGAGAAGGUGAUGCUGCCGACGGGCGCGGCGUUCCGGUGGUUCCAGUAGUGCCGUGAUCGCCGACCUCCACCCAAAGCUCUGCCAUCAAGUGCAAUGCUGACUCUUGCUUGGACCGACUCCAGCACCUACACUGGCUAGCAAGCAUACAAACCAUGAGAAAAAAAAAGAGGAAACAACCACCUGAAACUUCAUAUAAAGACAGACACACACACACACAUACACACAAAACAACAACGCUACAAUAACAUAAUCAAUCAAAUAAUGGAUGCACCUACUUAUUCCUUGAACCAAAAAUUAAAUAUAAUGAAAAAAAAAAUUAUGGCAACUUUCAUUCCCUUUUAUAUGUUUCCAUUUUGGUACCUUUUUGUCCUUUUUCCAGCAGGUUUUUUCUCUCGCUUAAACAUUGGAACAGUUCAUUGCCAAACAGAAAUGACAGACUGAGUGUGGACAAUCAACAAAAAAUUUCUGUGUUUGGUGUUAAUGUCGUUCACGUGUGGAAAGAUACAGUACUUGUGUAGAGAAUGUAAAUUUUACAGCUAUAUUUUAAAACUAGUGGCUCAUGGCAAGCACUAUUGUAAUUUAGCACCGUUGUUCUUACUUAAACUUCUGUAUUUUAUUGAUUGUUUUCAUUUUUUUAAGUUUGAUUUUAAAUUUAUAGAUUGGAAAACCUGAUCAAUGUUUGUCAUUUAAGGAGCAAAAAGAAAAAAAUAAUUCAAGAUGUAAAAAUCCCAUUUUUCUGAAUGGAAUGAAAAAACAAAAAAAACAAAACAAAGAUAUGUCGAGACCCCACGGUAGUUUAUAGUCAGGAUAGAUGAUGAUCUACUGUACAUGUACAUGUGGGGUUGCUACUACUGGAAGCUCACUGACCGCCAAACCAUUCAUCUAUCCAAACAUUUCAGUCUGCACUGUUUUGCUGUAAGAUCGCGGUCAUAUUAUCACUAAGAUGUCGCCAUUGCGCAGGUGUGGAUUUUUGUUCCUUCUGAGCACCUGAGGACAGCACUUGUUCUAUCCAAUUAAACGCACUGAAAAAAAAGUUUUUUUUUUCUUUACAUUUUUUUUCUUGGUUACGUUUUAUUUUCCAUGACAUUGCCAGUAGCUACAUCUUUUAAAAUGAACAGCGAUGUUUGUAUUGGAAUUAGAAGUAUGGGCUGGUUUUGUGAAUAAAAACAAAUGCAUGUAUUUGUGUCAAGAA